AUGCGUUUCUUUCUGUGCUCUCGCUGCUCUCUUUUCGAGGCCUGGAUUGGGGCCGAACAAGUUGCCGGCGGUGAACGGAUGCAGCAUACCGCAGCUUUAGAGGAUGCGGACGAGACCCUGCGGGUACUGCGACGUUGUUCAGUUCACUUGCAGUACUUCGGCGAUGUUCGGCGUUGCAUGCCAGCCAUCCUUCAGCAGCAGCAGCUUUCUCAACGGCUGCUGCUACUCUAUUUUUCCUUUGUGGCGCGUGAUCUGCUUGGGGAGGACUGGAAGAAUGACCUUGACGUUGGGAGCACGGAGAAGCGCAACUUGUUCGAGGAGAUACGCCUCUGCUACAGCACAGAAACAGGAGGGUUUCAUCCGGUGCCUGUAAACCACUGCGCUACAGGCGCCACAUUGGCUAUGACGCAGUGUGCGCUCCAAAUGUUAAACCUCACCGGUCUCCUUCCCAAUGCCACCGAGGAGUGGCUGUGCAGGGAGAAGGUCAUGUCCUUUGUGACGUCUUGCCAAGUUGGGGCCGAGUGCCCGCUCUUUGGAGAGUCUUUUCUAGGCGCGUUUCAGGCAGCCCCGGCGAUUGCGGAGGUGGAUCUCAGAUUCACCUACUCUGCUCUCGUCUCGAUGGCGUUGCUGUGCGCACCGACACCACUUGCUGCUGUGCCAUCGCUCCAAGACAUCCUCCAGGCGGCCGUCAGCUUCAUUUGGCGUUGUUGGAAUCCACACGAGGGGGGAUUUGGAGCGGUGCCCGCUGCGGAAUCUCAUGGUGGAAUGACUUUUUGCGCGGUGGCGUCGCUGGCGUUGGCUGGUGCAACUUCGUCCUUGACGCGGAGCCGCCGUCAUCUGCUGGCACGGUAUUGCACCGCGCGCCUCUCGGGGGGGCCUGAUGAUCACGAGCUCGUUGGCAGCGUGGGGGUCUGUGUGCCGAUCGUUGGGUACCAGGGGAGGCCCCAGAAGAACUGUGACACCUGCUAUACGCACUGGAUUGGCUCCACUCUCCGCAUUCUUCAAGCCCUCGAUGGCUCGGUGUUUCCCGUGGAUGCUCUUCCCGUCCUCAGGUACAUUGACGCCUGUGUUGAGCCCCAUCACGGUGGCAUUUGCAAGACCUUGGAUGAAUUUCCAGAGAUCGUUCAUACAAGCCUGGGACUUUCGGGUCUCCUCCUGCAUGUUGAUCCCCAUCGCUUAUCGAACCUGCGACCACCACAUCCAGCGUACGGCUGUUCGUGGACUACGGUGCGAAACACAGGAUUGCCUGAGCUUUUGCACCCCCCGCCGCGCACAUCCUAG